AUGGUGAGCUUGAGCGUGGCCCCCGACCACCACCCACCUUCAUUCAAGCAGCAGCAGCAGCAGCAGCAACCUCGCAGCGCCUUCUCGCCGUGCUCUCCUCUCGCCAUCUACACGUCCAUCGCCAAGACCAACGGUACCAUGAGCGCCCCUACCACCGCCUCCAAGUUCAGCGCAGAUGAUAGCGGCCUCCUCAUCGUCUUCAUGGAGCCGGGCAAGGACGUCUCGCUCGACGAGUUCCACGAAUGGUACGGCAACGAGCACAUCCCGCUCCGCCUUGAGUCGCUGCCCGAGUUCCGCUCCGCAGCGCGGUACAAGGUGACGGGCGCCGUCUUCCCGACCAACGCGGUCUCGACGUCCGAGGUAAAGGCGCCCGGCUGGGCGGCCAUGUACACCAUCUCGUCCAACGCCAUCUUUGCCGACCGCGCCUACACGCGCCUGCGCGACGAGCGCUCGGCGCGCGAGGCCGACAUCUUUGCGCGCAUCGCCGUCGUCGACCGGCGCGCCUACCGCCUCGUCUACGACUCGGACCUCGAUGCCCGCAUCCACUCGCCCGCUAGGCACAAUCUGCGCCCGCAGACAAAGGACGAGAUCGAGCGCGAGAGCCGGUACGUCGUCGCCCACGGCGUCGAGACGGAUGAUGCACAGGAGUACGCAAAGUGGUUCGACGAGGAACACGCCUUCCUCCUCAGCAAGGUGCCCGGCUGGACGAGGUCGCGCAGGUUUGAGCUCGUCGACAACGGCGUCGUCGGCCACGCCGCCGACAAGCAGGGCAGAGAUGCCAAGGAGGUGCCCAAGUUCCUCGCGGUGCACGAGUACACAAACGACCAGCCCGAGUCGACGCAGGAGUACAAGGCGGCCUGCGACACCGAGUGGCGCGCACGAGCCAUGGGCCCCAACGGCGAGCGCAUCGUCAAGCGUGAGAGAAAGACGAUGCAGCUCUUCCGCGCCUAUGACCCCAUCUCGGCGAUGCAAGAAAAGUGA